AUGGCAAGCGGACGAGAUGACGAACAGAUGAGACACGCAGACGAUGAAAACACAGGAGACAUCACCAUCGGGCCAGGCACAGUCGUACACCCCAAAGCCACCAUCUUCGCAAUAGCUGGUCCUAUCGUAAUUGGUUCAGGUUGUAUCAUCGAAGAGGCCGCUAUAAUAGUCAAUCGCCGCAAAGAAGUGAUGAGAGUUGGUGACAACAAUUUGUUCGAGAUUGGCUGUCGCGUCGAAUGUCCAUCCGUUGGUAACUUCAACACUAUAUCUACGCGUGCACGCGUCCACCAUACUGUUCGAAUAUCAAAUUACUGCGUCAUUGGUGCUGCAUGCCUCGUAGUUCCUACAGACGACGAGACACUCGACGACUACACGUCCAUCUUCGGACCCGCUGCAGAAAGAAGGAUUUGGAGUGGAAGGGGACGGAUUCAAGAGGCUGAUUUGAGAUUGAAACAUGCAGAGUAUCUUCGUGAGAUGCUACCAAAGUUCAAUCGACUACGAAGGGGAGAUGGUGCUUAACGUCUUUGUGCACGUUUUUAUUGUCUCUGCCUCGGACUGACAGGAGCACUUGUUGUGCAUGUUGGAGGAUCAUCGGGUACAUUCGCUAUUGUACAGGCAUCAACGACAUCCGAGUCAGUGGGUGGAUCAAUACACAUAAUCGCCUGUCAUCUCCAAGGUAAUAACCUACGUUGGAAUGACAUGUAAGAUGGCAUGUACAUGCAUGUGAAUGACCGUAAGCGACAGAGAUCCCCGCUGUCACUUUCCAUGACUUGCUUCCCAUGAUGGCCUUUAUGUGGAAGCAAUAUUCGUGUGCUGCACACGAUGGGCUUAAUCAUGAUCUAUAUUGCAUGCAUGCUGGAAUGUGCCUUAUUAGGUACCCGUAAUCAUUACCCGAACACGCCUUUGCCACCUUGCAAGAUGACUC